AUGAGGGCUCUCAGGCGGUGGACGCUCCGGCGGCUCCCCUCGUUGCUCCGCCUGCCCCUGUGUGCCCGGGGCCUGACCCCCCUGCUCCGGUGGCUGUUCUGGACCCCCCAUGUUCCUGUUGGUGCCCCGUCUGUCCCCACUGUCCCUGCUCUGCCGCCUGCCGCCGUUGCCCCUGCUGCGUCGAACCCUGCCGUUGGUUCGUCGCCGCAGGCGGUGUCAGCCACCACUGGCGGCCCAGGCCCUGGGGAGUCAGGGGGCGCCACCGCGCCGAUGGUUCCUGCAUCGUCUGCUGCUGUUCCGCCGACUCAGCGCCCCUCGUCUCCAGGCCGCCGACAGCAUCGGCCUCACUCCUCUGCGCCACGUGACGAGCGAGAGAGGUCGAGGCGGCGACACGACUCUCCUCAGCGCCGUGAUGUUCCUCCUCCCCUUGUUCCCGCUGCGUCUGCUGCCGCUCCUGGGAAUUGCAUGCGGCUGCUGUGGAUUCCUCCUGUGGCGGGAAUUGAAUUCGUGACCGUGGAAGAAGGACCCGUGAUGGUGCAAUAUCCGUCUCUCCUGCCCGUAGGUCGUGCUCCUCCGGCUGCUGCGCUGCCGGUACAGACGUUGGUGGGGCCCCGUCCUUCAGCAGAGGUGCCGGAGGCGUCUCAGGGGCAACUGUGGCGCCUCUCUGAGGGUCUGCAGGCUGUUCACCUGAUUCAGGUGUAUGGUCACGCGGCUCUUUCCCAGGGUGUUUCUUUGGAUGGCGGCCCUCGGGACGAGUGCCUAAAUGCCGCUGAUCGACUUGCCGAGCUCCUGGCGCCCAUGUUGGCUGCGCCCGCGAGGGGUGGAGUUGCGGGCGUUGGACAGCUUGGGACUGCUCUCCGUGGUAUGCGGCGGUUUUUGCGCGCAGGGACUGCAGUCGACUUGAUCGGCGCAACCACAGUGGCGGUGCGCAAGCUUCAUCGCUCGUUGACGGGCCUUCUUGCCGUUCUUGAUGCGGAUCAGAUGUAG